UGAGAGGAGGAGUGGCCACGGACGGAGCCAAAAUGGCAGCGAGCGGACGCCAGUUUCUCAUUUCGCACUGAUUCAUCCGAACAUCACUUGGCGAACUCGCUGCCUCAACGCGGAACUGCCACAGAGCCGGGGACGGACAGCUGAACAUGGCUGAACUUGAAGGAGAGCAGGACCUUCAAAAGAAAAUUGAGGAGACCAGGCAGAGAUUCCAGAAUGAGUUUCUUCAAGAUUCAACAGACAAGUAUGACUCCAGGGAUGUGGAGAGGCUCCAGAAAGAUGAUGCUCUGGUGGAGGGCUACUUGACAUGGAGGCUUUACGCUGUUGACGAUGCCUUGAAAAUGAUUGAUGAAAGUUUUCAGUGGAGAAAAGAGUUUGGUGUGAACGAUCUUACUGAGAGCACCAUUCCCAAAUGGAUGUUCGAGACUGGCGCUGUCUACCUCCAUGGCUACGACAAAGAGGGCAACAAGCUCUUCUGGUUCAAGGUAAAGCUGCAUGUGAAGGACGCAAAAACCAUAAUGGACAAAAAGAAGUAUGUCGCCUUCUGGUUGGAGCGAUAUGCGAAGAAAGAACCUGGGAUGCCGCUCACUGUUGUGUUUGACAUGGCAGAGUCUGGCCUCAGCAACAUAGACAUGGACUUUGUGAAGUAUGUCAUUAACUGCUUCAAAGUAUAUUAUCCAAAGUUUUUGUCCAAAAUGAUCAUAGUGGAUAUGCCUUGGAUCAUGAAUGCUGCAUGGAAGAUUGUAAAGUCGUGGUUGGGUCCAGAGGCAAUAAGCAAACUCAAGUUCGCAUCCAGAUCUGAGGUCCAGACAUUCAUAGGGCCUGAGUACCUGCCGCCUCACAUGGGUGGAACGGACCCCUUCAAAUACAGCUACCCGCCUCUUCCUGAUGAUGACUUUCAAACUCCAAUCUGCGACAACGGACCAAUUGUUAGUGAGGAUGAGAUGGAGAGCAAAGAGGGUGAAAUGGAGGGCAAAGAUGCCCUUGAGAACAGUUUCAACUCCGAGGUUGUGGCAAAGCCCAAAAAGGUGAAUUUCCUGGAUGACAGUUUGAGGUCAGAAGACAGUGAUAAAGGAGACACAAGUGCCAGGAUCAAAGGCGCCAGGAAGCCACUGACCACCUUCAAAGGUCUUCUGCUAGAUGUUAGCCCUGCAGAGGAGCUCAGCUUUGGUUCUGGAGAGACAGAAAAGAAAAGCCUCAUUAUCCUGAGCAAUGUGACCAAAAAUCAGGUGGCCUUCAAGGUUCGGACCACAGCACCUGAGAAGUACAGGGUGAAGCCCAGCAGCAGCUGCUGUGAACCAGGAGUUUCAGUAGAUAUAGUGGUGUCCUUGCACGGAGGUUCCCAGGCCUCUCCACAGGACAGGUUUUUGGUUAUGGCUGCCGAGAUGGACAAUACUGCCUCGCAAGAACUCGCGCAGUUCUGGAAGGAAGUACCAAAGACCAAGAUCAUGGAACAUAGAUUGCGCUGUCAUGUCCUGGAGAGUAUUAAACCAGCUUUGAGCCCUCUCAGGGACAGCCCUAUGGAUACAGCAACCAGCGGGCAGCAGGAAUUAAACACAGCGCAGCUCAUGCGAGUCAUGGCCUGCAACUCACGGCUGGAACAGAAGCUCAACACGUGUCUUUGGGUCCAGAAGGUUCUCAUGGGGUUGGUGCUGGUCCUCAUGGUGCUGAACCUGUCGUGUCUCUACCUGCUGGGUACAGCCCAGCGGCCAUCUUGACCCGGCACAGCAUCAUCUGCCUGCAUCUUUCGACCUCGGACACACAGACGGUUCCAGCGGGACUAGAGUAGACCACCUUGGACGGUCAUUCUACGCCCCUCCGCCCUUCCCACAGACUGCUGUCAUGGACAGGAGCAGGGCUGAUUUUAAGGACAUGUGAGUUGUUGUGGAGUUAAUCUAUAAAGAGAGAUUGAGCUUGUCUCUUUUCCUGCUCUUCACUGCUAAUGUACCAGAGACAGUUUUAAUAGUAUGACAUCAAAUCAGUGAUGUAUUUUUUAAAGCUGGUCAUGGAAAUCAUAACUGUAUUUAUUACAACAGCCACAAUAUGUAGGAAAGAUUAGUUAUUUUUUGAAACAUGAUGUAUAAUUUUAUAAAUUAUAAAAGUCUACACAUUAUGAAAUAAACAUUUUUUUUUUUCUCAA